AAAUCUCUCUCCAUUUUUGUUUUCUACAAACUCGUCACACAUUAAUUCAGAUGAGAGCAACCAAAAUUCAUGUGAAAACACAUUUUAAAUAUAUAUUAUAAGUUGAAGAAGAGAAAUUAAGAAUAUAUCACUUGUAACAUAUGGGUUGUGGUUUUAGCUGUUUAUAAAGAGUUCAAAUUAGCUUCUUAUAAUAAGCUUUUCUAUAGAUUUUUUGCUUGAAAGUGAGUUAAGAAACAUGUCACUCUUGGAUCUUGUCAACCUGGAUCUCUCUGAAUGCCACGAGACAAACAAAAGUAGAAUCAUUGCUGAAUAUAUAUGGAUUGAUGGAUCUGAUAUGAACCUGAGAAGCAAAGGAAGGACCCUGCAUGGUCCUGUUACUAGUCCUUCUCAAAUUCCAAAUUGGAACUAUGAUGGUUCGAGUACUGGCCAAGCUCCUGGUGAAGAUAGUGAAGUCAUCUUAUAUCCCCAGGCAAUUUACAAGGACCCAUUCAGGGGAGGAAAUCAUAUUCUUGUCAUGUGUGAUGCUUAUACUCCAGCUGGAGAGCCCAUCCCAACAAACAAAAGGUUUAAUGCUGUAAAGAUAUUUAGCCACCCUGAAGUCCUGGCUGAGAUACCUUGGUUUGGUAUAGAGCAGGAGUACACUUUGUUGCAGAAAAAUCUGAAUUGGCCCCUUGGUUGGCCAAUUGGAGGAUAUCGUGGACCUCAGGGACCAUACUUCUGUGGUGUUGGUGCAGAAAAAGCCUUUGGCCGGGAUAUUGUCAACUCACACUACAAAGCGUGUCUAUAUGCUGGUGUCAACAUUGGUGGAAUCAAUGCAGAAGUUAUGGCAGGCCAGUGGGAAUUUCAAGUUGGACCAACAGUAGGCAUUUCUCCUUGUGAUGACCUUUGGGUAGCGCGUUACAUUCUAGUGAGGAUUGCAGAAGCAGCUGGUGUAAUUGUUUCUUUUGAUCCGAAACCUGUUGAGGGUGAUUGCAAUGGUACUGGUGCUCAUACAAAUUACAGUACCAAGUCUAUGAGGGCCGAUGGAGGACUAGAAGUAAUAAACAAAGCCAUUGAGAAGCUAGGCAAGAGGCACAAGGAACAUAUUGUUGUUUAUGGUGUUGGCAAUGAACGUCGUCUUACAGGAGAACAUGAAACAGCUGAUAUUAACACCUUCAAUUUUGGAAUUGCUGAUCGCGGAGCAUCGAUUAGGAUUGGAAGGGAGAUGGAAAAAGCUGGAAAAGGAUACUUGGAGGAUAGAAGGCCCUUUUCAAACAUGGAUCCUUAUAUGGUAACGUUUAUGAUUGCAGAAACAACCAUCCUGUGGAAACCAUGACACUUCUAUGAUUGCCUUCUUGCAUAUGAAUGAAAAUUAACAAAAAGGAUAGCACAAAGGUGAAUUUUAUGCAGAUUUGAUCGAACUUUAAUAUAAUAUUGUUAGCCGCUAGCCAGGUUGUACAUCACACCCCUUGAGGUGCGAUUCUUUUUUGGCCGAUGCUAACAUGGGAUACUUUGUGUAGUAGGUUUUUUUUUACAUAAUCUUGAGGUCUACGUAAAUAGCUACUACUCUUUGUAUUAGGUCAAUUUUCUAAUAAAAUAUUCUCUUUGUUUAAAUUU